AUAUGCCUUGUGUGUGUUAAUGAUUAUUUGAUUUCUCUGUACGUUACAGUUGGAUCGCGUGACUCCUCGGGCAGUUCUUCGUCCUCGUCUGCCGGGUCCUCGACCUCCUCGUCAUCGGGAAGCGGAGGCUCCAGCUCAUCCUCCUCAUCGUCUUCAUCGUCCUCCUCGUCGGCUGGAAGUGGAAGUCCCGCCAAGUAUCCGGUGCUGGUCUUCGUGCACGGCGAGUCAUAUGAAUGGAACAGCGGCAAUCCCUACGACGGAUCCGUGCUGGCCAGCUAUGGACAAAUAUUGGUGGUAACCAUAAAUUAUCGCCUCGGAGUGCUGGGAUUUCUGAAUGCCAACACGGACCGCUACUCCAAGCUGCCGGCCAAUUACGGCCUGAUGGACAUCAUUGCAGCGCUGCACUGGCUUAAGGAGAACAUCGCGGCCUUCGGCGGGGAUGCCAACAGCAUCACCCUCGCAGGACACGGAACGGGAGCCGCCUGCGUUCACUUCCUCAUCUCGUCGAUGGCCGUGCCGGAGGGCCUGCUCUUCAACCGAGCCAUCUUGAUGUCCGGAUCCGGCCUGGCACCAUGGUCAUUGGUCAGUAAUCCGGCCAAGUACGCUGCCAUCGUGGCCCACCACGUGAACUGCGCCUCAGACCUCCCACACGCCCACCUCAUGAAGUGCCUGCGCGAGAAGACACUGGACCAGCUCCUCAGCGUGCCCAUUCGUCCGCCGGAGUUUGGCUUUGCCUUUGGGCCCAGCAUCGACGGCGUGGUCAUCGACGGUGGCGACUACGUGCCCCCCGCCCCAGGAUCUCCGGCGGCCCAGGCUCAGGCUCAAGCUUCCACGGCCGCCGGCAAUGGACUGGGCGGAGAGGCGGGAAUCGCAGCUGCGGGCGGCUGGGGAACACCGGGACAACUCGAGAAUAUCGUAUUAAUGAGAAAAACUGCCAUUAACAAGUUGUCAAGAUACGACCUGAUGGCCGGCGUGACACGUGCCGAGGCCUUUUUCAGCUUCAAUUCGGGCGACGUGCAAUAUGGAAUCGAGGCGGAUCGACGGUCGAGAAUUUUAAAGGCCUACGUACGGAACACGUACACGUUUCAUUUGAACGAGAUAUUCGCCACGAUUGUCAAUGAGUAUACGGAUUGGGAGAGGCCCGUGCAGCAUCCAAUUAAUAUCCGGGACGAAACACUGGAGGCGCUCAGCGAUGCUCAGGUGGUGGCUCCGGCGGCUCAAACGGUGGAUUUGCACUCGGCGGAUCAUCGCAACUCGUACUUGUACGUGUUCGACUACCAGACGCGAUUCGGUGAUUAUCCUCAGCGCCAGGGAUGCAUUCACGGCGAGGACCUGCCUUACAUCUUUGGUGCCCCGCUCGUCGGCGGUUUUAAUCACUUUACGCGCAACUACACGAAAACCGAAAUCAGUCUAUCGGAAGUUGUGAUGUUCUAUUGGUCCAACUUUGUGCGAACGGGGAAUCCAAAUGAGCAAAUGGAAACGGAGCAUGGGAGUCGCCAGGAACGGAGUCGCUAUAAAACAAUCGAGUGGACAGCCUACGAAAGUGUGCAUAAGAAAUACCUAAAUUUUGACACCAAGCCAAAGCUCAAAAACCACUAUAGGGCGCAUCGCCUCUCCUUCUGGCUAAAUCUUAUCCCGGAUCUGCAUAAGCCAGGAGGCGACAAUGUGCCCGCCGCACACCACCAACUGCACGACGAUGACGACGAGGACAACAACAUAGCCAGCGAUGCCUCCGUGAAGCCUCUUAAUCCGCCUUACAUUUCACGGGCUGCCAAUGCGGCGGCCAUGGCAAACUUUACGAUUUUCACCAACCAGGUUUUCUCGCUGCUCAAUCUCAGUUCACCGUCCUCGUCGCUACAAAGGAACGGGACACGCUACGGAGGCGGUAAGAUAUAUCCGGACGAUAUGAUGGACGGGGAUCCCGCAAGUGGGGCGGCUAGUGCCUCGCAGGAUAACGAUGGUUUUGCGGCGUACUCCACAGCCUUGAGUGUGACUAUCGCCAUAGGAUGCUCGCUUUUGAUCCUAAAUGUGUUGAUCUUCGCGGGAGUCUACUACCAAAGGGACAAGACACGACUAAGCGAGCCCAGACCCCAAACCAAGCUGAAGAGACAGGAAAACGGACAAAUGCCGAAUAACAUAUGCGGGGAUCUGGAAACUCUGACCAUCCACGCGAAGAGCGAUCCCGCCACAAUACUGUCGCACCACCAUGCCAUGCAGCACCACCAACUGCCGCCGCCGGAAUUCGCAGACAUACCCCACCGAGCGCCGCCUCCUCCGAAGCACAUGAAAUCGCUGCAGGAUCCGGGGGGCGGUGGUUCGGUCAGCGGAUCGGUGGGCGUUUCCGGGGUGGUGCAAAUGCCGCCGCCACACGCCCUCCAAGUGAUGGGCAAUCAGUGCGGCACUCUGACCAAAAAGAGCUGCAUGAAGCAAACGCAGGCCCAAACCCAGCAGCACUCACCCGCCCAGCAGCAGCAGCAGCAGCAGCAACAGCAACAGCAGCAGCAACAUGUGGUCACCCAUCAGCAGCACUUGCAGAAUCAUCAUAAUCAAAGCAUGACCACUGUGCUGACCACGGCCGGUGGAUUGGUGGUGCCCACGCCACCCACUGUGCCGGGGAUUGUGGCCUCCACCACACAGCACCAGCAGCAGCACCAGCAGCAUCAGCAGCAGCAUCAGCAUCAGCAGCAGCAGCAGCAGCAGCAACAGCAGCAGCAGCAUCAGCAGCAACAUCCACUGAUGGAUGAGCUGCGUGUGUGACAUUAAUUGACCGUGCGUUUUAAAUGUGAUCUCUAAACGCACAGCCUCCCCAGCCUCGUCAGCUUUCCAACCCGAACUCCUUUCCCAAUGCGUUUCAGCUGUCUCUAUAUAUAAAGUACAUAGUCUAUAUGGUAGCCCGAAAGAGUAAGACCUGUGUCUAUCCAAUAUGCACAGAUGCUUCUCUCCGCUCAACUUUGUUGCUAGUUGGUUUUAAAAAUUAUUCUGUAAAUAGGUAACUAAGUGUAGAUUGUUGUCGAACUCUUUAUUAAGGAAUGUUAACUUGGAAUUACCACUAAGCUGCAAAGUCUUUAGCAAUUGAUUUUAGUGUUUAUUUUCUUUUGGAUGGAGAGCAUUUAACACUAAAUUCUAGUUACAGUUUUUUGAAAUUUCAUUUAUCUAUAUUAUUUUAUUUAGUGCAUAUGGGUGAUUGUACGCUUUAGUUUCUUCCAAUUUAAUACAACAAUAUCUAUCUCACUUUAUGUUUCAAGUAGUAUUUUUCCAUGUCACUAUGUGUUUUGCAACUAAUUAGGACCAAUCAAAACUAUACGAUUCCAAGUUACGGACAAGUUUCCUUCUCUUCCUUCUGUUGGCGUUAGUAUAAAAAAUUGUGGUAGAAUAAAUAUAGGAAAAACUAAGAGUGUUCUGAAUGCAAUAAGAACAUGAAAAGAACAUGAAUGUUAUUCUUCCAAAGACUGAAUUAUAAUUGUGUAUUGUGUGUAAAUAAUACUAGUUGCAGAAUUAAAAGUACUACUCUAUACGUACAAACAAACAUUCAUAUAUAUAUAUUUUAGUUUUCAGAAGUAUUAAUAUGAGAAAGCAGUUUUUAACCAAACCGAAAACCAAAAUAAGACACAAGUCCAGAAAAAAUGGCAACCAUGAAAUCAAAUCAUGUACAGGUGAAAGGGAGCUGUUCCUUUAAAUUUUUGCAGAAGAUUUGUAAAAUAAAAGCUGUACAACUACCCCGAAAAACAAUAGACGUAAACUAAACUCACACUAAUACUGAACUAAGCUUUGGUCGACAGAAACAAACGAAACAAAAGCAAAAUUAAAUUAAACUGUUAAUUGUAAGCAUGCAGGUACUUUGUUAUGUAACUAAAUAAAUAUUUAUAUAGCCAUUAAAAUUAAAUGCGUAUAUAAGCCCACACAAAAUAAAAAACAAUAAUUUCCUCUAUAUAGCUACACAAAUUUCCAGCUGCGGGAUAGUUAAAAAUUCCAUUAGGAGUUAAGCGGGGCAAUUGAAAUGCGCAUAGAAAUCAUAACAGAUAUUCAUUACUUUUAGUUGUUGUAUUAUAUUUUUUUUCAUUCUGAAUAAUAACCAUUUACAAACGGUUGCCCAAAAUUGUAACUAAAAUGGAAAUGAUACCCCAGAAAAACGGAAUGGGAAAAUUAAGCAAUGGAACAACUCAUUAAAGUGAAAGAGCACGAAAAUGGCAACAAUUUACGGCGCUUAUUAAAAUACUUGUAUAUUAUAUAAACACAUUUAGCGGCAGUGAAAACAAAAGCGAAAACUAUAAUGAAAAACGGAAACCAUUUACAGCCCCAUUGAGAAUGUAUGUUUAUAGCUUCUGUAUGCAUAUACAUACAUCUAAAAUUAAAUUUAUAUAUUAAUGUAAUGGUGUAAACUUAGAAUAAUUAGCAAAAUAAUACAACAAAUAUAUAUAAAUUAUAUAUAGAGUGCUACAUAACUGACAAAACAAAAGGCUACUACUAAAACAAAAAGUCAUAAAAUCUAUUGCGUUAGAAAAUGUGUAACGAUUUUGCGAAAGGGACUUAGCAUUAAAAAAUUCGGACUAAUUGAAGUAUAGUAAAACCAGAAGAACAUAAAACCCUCUGAGAGAAGAAA